AUUGGAUUCUGCUUUUUCCUAUUCACGUUUCCGAUUACUUGUGGGAACUUUUGUGAGCCAAGUCAAGGUUUUAUCUCUCUCUUCUCGUCGUCGAUUCUGCUCAUCGAAGAUUCCAAUCAGCUAAGAGUUUUUCCUGUCUCGGUUCAAGCUUCAAGAUUUCAGGCAUUGUGAUCUGUCUUUGAUUCUACAAGGGCUAUUUGUCAGUACAAUGGAAGCUAAUAAUGAGCCUGGUAAUGUGUCAUGUAAUUCGAGCAAUGAUAAAGAGAAGUCGUCUGAGAAGAUCUUUGUGAACCAUGCCGAGAUUGCGUGGCAAGAGAUGAGAAAGAAGUGGGUUGGAGAUCCGUCUAAUAGGACUUCAGAGAUGCCUGCUGAACCUGUAAUAGGCUUCAACGCUACUUAUGAAGACUUGCUCACAUCCAAUACUCCUUUCAACAAGCCCAUCCCUCUAGCUGAAAUGGUGGAUUUUCUGUUCGAUAUUUGGCAUGGGGAUGGUCUUUUCGACUAGGUAACGGAGAGGGGAUUCUCAGUAUUCUUGGUACAGAAUUUAGUUGCAGGCUGGCUCUAAUCCAUUUAGGUCUCAAGGAUCUCAAAUUCCAUUAUCUUUAGAAGAAACUCUGGUUUUUUGCAUUGACUUACCAUGAACAUAUAACUAAUUUAAUUAGGUAUUUUUGAGAUUCUCAUCCAUAAUAAUUCACCAAAAUCAAACACAAGGAUCAUGCUUCUGAUGCCAUUUGGUUAUUUUCUUUAAUAUUGACUUUAGUAGUGGAAUUAAAAGAAACGGCAAAGAUAACUUUGGCAUUUGGGUUAA